AAAUGGUUAAUGUUAACCUAACACGUUAUGUUGAAUGUGCUGUGUUGGUAGACAUGAUGUACUAAGUAUUCAUGCUACAGUCUAAAUUAUAAAAAAGUGACUUGUGUGAAAGUGCAUCGUUUUCUAUUCCAUUAUUUAUGUUAAAUAAGCCCCAAACAAUAUAAUAUCACUGACCGUUUGGCCGUCCGUUGCUCACAAAUCGCAAAAAAUUCAACGACCGGAUGAAACUAAGUGCCAACAUGUCUUCCACCAUUACUCUUUGUUUGGAUUGUUGAGGAGCCGUUCAAUUUGGUUUUGCGCUUGAAUUCGUAGCUCGCACGUGUGAAAAACGGCCUAUCCGAUGAAGAUGAAACUGGUGGACCACGUCGUGCGGAGUUUUCGUGUGGCGAAGGUGUUCCGCGAGAACACCGACAAAAUAAACAGUAUCGACUUCUCGCCGAGCGGCGAAACGUUGAUAUCGUGCAGCGAGGACGAUCAGAUCGUCAUCUACGACUGCGAAAAGGGCACGCAGGUCCGCACGGUCAACAGCAAAAAGUACGGGGUCGACUUGAUCCAUUUCACCCAUGCGAAAAACACCGCCAUACACAGUUCGACGAAAGUCGAUGACACCAUACGUUAUUUGUCGUUGCACGACAACAAAUAUAUUAGGUAUUUUCCCGGCCACACCAAGAAAGUCGUCUCGCUGUGCCUGUCACCGGUCGAGGAUUCCUUCUUGUCCGGGUCCAUGGACAAGACCCUCCGGUUGUGGGAUCUUCGGUCACCCAACUGCCAGGGUCUGAUGCAUUUGGCUGGCAGGCCAGUUGCUGCGUACGAUCCUGAGGGACUCAUUUUCGCGGCCGGCGUCAACUCUGAGAGCAUCAAACUUUAUGACUUGAGAUCCUUUGAUAAGGGUCCAUUUGUGACAUUCAAACUGACUCAAGAAAAAGAAUGUGACUGGACUGGUUUGAAGUUCUCAAGGGACGGCAAGACGAUAUUAAUUAGCACGAACGGUUCUAUAAUACGACUGAUCGACGCCUUCCAAGGGAACCCGCUGCAAACAUUCACAGGACACCUCAACAACAAGGGCAUCCCGAUAGAGGCCUCAUUCAGUCCCGACUCACAGUUCGUGUUCAGCGGCUCGACGGAUGGUAGGGUGCAUGUAUGGAAUGCGGAUACGGGUUACAAAGUGUGCGUUUUACAAGCCGAUCAUCCGGGUCCCGUUCAAUGCGUGCAAUUCAAUCCGAAAUAUAUGAUGUUGGCGUCAGCAUGUACGAACAUGGCGUUCUGGUUGCCAUCAAUUGAUGAUACGUAAACCAUUGUUAGUUUUGGCGGGUGAUUUUUGAUUUUGAAACUUCUAAAUCACUUAUCAGAUCGGUUUUCAGAUUAUAUACUAUAUAUAAUAUGUGUACCUGUGUUUAAUCCAUAAACAAAUGUGCACUCUGUUGUAAAUAAUUUUUUAAUUAGAUUAGGUUCUUUUUUAAUUUUACAAGAAUCAAAAUGUAUGUUUUAUAUCUGCAUUAAAUUAUUUUUCUAUUAUCAUUGCAUUUUAAUUGUUGUAGCUUAAAAGUUACAGGGUGUUUAAUCGAGGCUAUAAUUUAGUUGCAUUAUUUAAAAAUUAAAUGAUGUGACAAAUUAGUAAAAACAUAUCAUAGAGCAACUAUGCUUGUAAAUAUAUGUUAGUGAUAAUUUUUAGGGAAGCCUCAGAUGCCCUAUAUGCAAACAAAAUUAAAUGGUGAAUGUGAUAAUUCAAUCUAGUUGAAAAUUGGUGUAGAGUUUUAAUAUUUAAUGUAUACCACACUUGUUCAAGAGUCUGGAAAACAGAAACAUGGAGAACAUCAGUAUUUAUUUGUGAUAGAGUUUAAUAACAUAGUGGUGUUUCAUUCUCUCUUAUACAGACUGACCAUUAAAUUAACUAACUAAGGGUUAGUUAUGAAUUGUGUUCUUUUUAUCAAUUACAAUAAAAAUAUGUAUGCUUUUAAAA